ACCGCUCCGGGCAAACGUAUUGCGAAGGGCGAUCCCAUCCCAUGCUGACGGAUGCCUGUCGGUACACGUAGACGCAACAAACACCCACACACUCGUCCAUCCGGCCUUCAAGAUGAAGUCGCUCUACUACGCCCUGCUGUUCUUCGUCUCGUCGGCGACAGCAGCAUCCGACACGGCGCUCAAAGCAUGUACCGUCAUCUCGCCCACGACGGAGCGCUUCUUCGACCUGAACCCCAUUCGGCGCGUGGCCCCCGAGGACGGAAAGAAGAAGAAGGAAGGCGCCGACGAAGGCAGCUGGCAUGCGCGGGGCUACGACUACGGCGCCAACUUCACAAUCAACUUCUGCGGGCCCGUAGUGGAGGAGCUGGACAAGGUGCAGGAUCUGGACAAGGCGCUGUGGAGGAAUGUCAGCGCAUUUUAUGAAAAGGGCGAUCGCCAGUAUGCUAUUGGGCUAGAGAACUCCUCUCCCAUGUUCCGUGGCAGGAAGCUCGUCCUGAACUACACCGGCGGCUCUCUUUGCCCCUCCACCUCCAAAUCCCGCCGCUCUCCGAUCACCCUGCCCCGCGCAAUCAUCGAUGACGACGACGACGACGAUGACGACAAGAAGCACUCGAAGAAACCCUCCCACGAUGAGCGUCGCAAGACAACAGUCAUCUCCCUGCUCUGCGACUCGGACCCUCUCGCCAAAACAAGCAUAUCGUUUGUCGCUUCCGUUGACGACUGCACCUAUAUAUUCGAGGGCCGCUCGCCUUACGCAUGCGGGGGUGUGCACCAAGCAACCCAAGCCCUGGGCCCGGGAGGCGUCUUUGGUGUCAUCGCAAUGAUUGCCGUGCUAGUAUACUUUGCAGGUGGCUGCGUGUACCAGCGCACAGUCAUGCAUCAGCGGGGGUGGAGGCAGCUGCCGAAUUACAGCAUGUGGGCGGGCAUCUACAGCUUCUUCUCCGAUAUAUUCAUCAUUCUCACGUCGAGUUGUGCAAGAUUUAUGCCCGCGAGGAGGGGCUACAGUCGGGUUUCGCUCGGUCACGACAGCGGGCGCAGGGGGCGGGGAAACGAGGAUGAGAACCGGUUGAUUGACAACCUGGAUGAGGAGUGGGAGGACUAAGGCUGGUUGUGAUUGGGAAUUGCAUUGCAUUGCACAGAUGGCGUUUGGGUUUGGGUAUGGAUUGUAUGAAAACCACGCGACGUCUGUGUUGGGCGUAGAGGAGAGGCGCCAUGGGCUGGUUGCUCGACGCAAUAUUUGUUGUGUUGUCUAUGUAUUUGUGCGAGAACUUGAGACAUCUGGCCGUGCCUAAAGGUUGGAAGUCAGCGUUUUUGAUGUUACGACUAUGCACAUGCAUCCGUUGCAACGACUCCUCACUCACUGCGAACAUUCACACAAGCCAAAGUAAUGUAUUUUCAAGACUGGCAGCCGUCUGUCUCACGCCAGAAGAGCAAUAGCUGAAUGAUAAGAAAGAAACAAU